CUCCCCUCGGCCCCAAGCGCCCUCUUUGUCAUUACGAAGGUUAUGUUUACAAAAUAAAAUAAAAAUAAAUAACCUGAGAAGAUCAUGUUUCGAGCAAUCAAGAACUAUCAUCACCCUCUUCGAUUGAUUCGCUUGGGUUUGAAGAGAAAUACAUGGGAAUAUCGAUCACUUGAGAACGGAGAGCUAUUGGCAAGAGGAUUUAGAGGAAAGAGCUCGAUCUUCUCAAGUCGUGCAAGUACCGGUAGCUCAAGUUCAUCGUCAUGUGUUUGCUACCGAAGCACGAACUUGAGCGACGGGGACGAGGCGGCGAGACACAUCAUUCCAAGAAGGAUGUCUUCCGCUGCAAGCAUACAUGUACCUGCUAUAUGGAGAAAAUUCAUGACAAACUUCCAGGAAACGAGGACUCAACAUGAUGGCCUUGCCAGGUUUUUCAUCAACAGUGACAUUAGCUAUGGAGAAUUCAACAAAUUUGGAAGAUUCAAUCCAUGGUGUAUGCUUGAUCACUUUGAAGCCAGCAUCCAUCUCUUCCUGACUGAAUUACCAGAUUCCGAGCAUCUCUCAUUGUUUGCUCGCAACGUUGAGGUCAAUUUCAAAGAGGGCACCGAAGGGAGGAUUCGAUUCGAGCAAGCUCUCAAGUUCAAAAUCUGCCUAACUUACUUGGGGAAGAGCACAGUGUGUUGGGAAGCACAGUGCUUGGACGUGGAAACCGACGAGGAGCUGGCAAACUACUCAAUCCAGAUGGUCACUGUGGACAUGAACGAGCGAAAGCCAACGCCAGCUGCAAACCUGUUCAAGGAGUUCUGUCCACAGAACCUGCGGGAAUUUCCGCCAAAGGCAUUCGAUCUAGAGUUCAAACCAGAGCAAACAUUCCAGCAUGAGUUUGUUGUCAACUGGAGCGAUACAGACUUUAAUUCUCACUUAAACCAAGCUGAUAUGUGUCGGAUGUGUGUUGACUGUGGUAGUUUUGCCGCUGUGCAGAAUCGACUAUCAGCCUUCCAUCGAGAGUUGGUUACUUUUGAUCAAAAGCGGUGUUCGUUCUUGUUCCUGAAGGAUGCACGACCCGGGGACAGAGUCCUUGUUGAAUGCUGGGAAUCUGAAGAUAAUCCUCUUGUAUUGAACUUUGCAUUUUCUAAGGAGAAUGAAGUGAUCACCAUGAUACAAAUGGAAUAUUUCUCAGGUGAUAUUGCUGCUUAGUUGUAAAAUUACUAGGUGACACCUACCUUUGUUGACUAAGUAAAAGAAAUGAUUUGAUAGAAGUUUCAUAACUGUGUGAAAUUAGAAUUCAAUCCACAAAGUGGGACUAUGGGAAGAAUAUGAACCUCUUUUGAAAGUCCUUUUAUCUUAGCAUUAUAAACUGUAACAGUCAAGGUUCCAAUCACAAUUCUUUCUCCAUCUUGUCAUUUCAACAUAGGUGAAACUCCCAAUUCAUCCCCUUGCAUGCAUUCCUUACUCAGUGAGAUAGCUUUAACCUUAAAAAGACUAAGGAUCUAUGGAAUAAUGGUCUAAUAGCUCCCCCCCCCCCCCGAAUUUUUCUAGUGAUAAUUUUGCAAUGUGAAAGGUGCAUUGUUUCACGACUCAACUCUUUCAAGUCUCACGCAACUUUUGAGACCAAAUUUGCCCGGGGGGGGGGGGGGGGGGCCAGUCAAAUAUAUUGCUGUACACAUGCGUGACCAAAAAAAACUGGUUUAAAGUUUUUUUUUUACAGUUUUGGACGCGAUCCGCGCGUGGACUCGAUCUAUCAUAAGGGUAUAAAAAACAACAAUUUUCAAGAAAAAGGGUGGUUUUGAAAGACUGGUCAAUGGUCAAUCGCGGGGUCAAACAUAUUUAGGGUAUGUUUUUCCACAAAACUUUUUUUUUAAAAGACUAGCCAAACCUGUUUAGGGUAUUUUUUUUCCCCAAGCUUUUUCCCGAGGCGACAACUUGUUUAGGGGCCAAAAUGUGUAAAUAAAGACGCGAAAAACUUGUUUAGGGGGUUAUUUUGCACAAAGAGAAAAACUUGUUUAGGGGGUUAUUUUGCACAAAGAGAAAAACUUGUUUAUGGGGUGUUUGGAAAUUACUUGGUCUCGUGUGUGUACAGCAAAAUAUUUGACUGGGCGACGCCGGGGAGUGUGGUUCCAAGAUUACACAUUAUGUAAAUACACUUGUACCAGUAAGACACAAACUGCUCAAAAACAUGAUGAAAAUUCUGUUUUACAUUUGAAUGAAUAUUGUUGGUAAUAAUGUAAUUAAUAAUGAUAACAAUGAUUAUGAUGAUAAUGAUUUUAAUAAUUAUUUCAAAGUGCAUAACACUGUAGCUAUGGACACUUUUAUAUGGUGAAACAACAAAAGUACAAUAAAGAUAUUAAAAUUAGAAGUGAAUCAAAUGAAUCUGAGUGCUGUACAGACCCAGUCAGCAUAUCAUAUUUAAACUUAGAUGAUAUCAUUUAGAAUUUCAUGUAUUAAGUAAUUCAUCAAUUCAGGAACAAUUCUCCAAAACUUAUUCUGGAAAUACUGCGUGCAAUCAAUUAUUUUACCUACACGAGGCUACAUGUAUUCAUCAACUAAAGAUCAGUCUCUUAGAUCUAACUCAACAACUAUAUUUUGUUAUUUUAUAGACUAUCAUAAGAAAAUAAUUCAGGGAAUUGUGUUUUUCAUGUUUCAUUAUGGUGGAUUAGUGCUCGCCUCUUGAACAGGAGAUUGUGGGUAUGAUCCCUGGCCGAGUCAUGGCAAAGAUUUGGAAAAACAGAAAAGCGGGACCUUCUGCCUGCUUGUCAGGCACUCAACUUUUUGAGAAUGGAGAAGGGUAAUAAUAACAUGUCAUUUUAUGCAUGGCUUGCUUAAAAAUCAGAUCGUAGUUGAAGUGGCUACCCUUGGUAAAUGAGUAAUUAUUAUGUUCUUGUUUUGUUUGAACUUUGAAGAGGAAAAUUUAUUUAGUCUGUAAAGUUUAUAUCAUUCAACACUAUGAUCUUUAUCAAUUUAUGAGAAUCUGAUGAAAAUGUUUUCUUAAAGUAAAUUGGAAUUAGUGUUGAAGUCAAUAUCAUUUCUCAUACCUUUUAAUGCCCAUGAUUACAGUCUUAUGUUAAGUUCAAUCAAAAUAUGUUUUUUCUUGUUUAUACAUAUUCAUAUGAUUGUUGCAAGUCAUCAUGGUGUUUAGCAAAACAUAUUUCAGUUUGGGUAAAUCCCCCUCAAAUUUUUUUUUUGCACAUAGAAUCAAUGGAUGAAACAACAUUCUACAUGUAUGGCAACUACACUUACUGUACGAUUGGAAUAUACUUGAUAUAAUUCACAUUACAAAAGGUAAAGUUUUAGAAAGGUUUCAAAAGCAGGGUUUUUGUCUCACCUGCAUAGCAGAGUGAGACUAUAGGCGCCGCUUUUCCGACGGCGACGGCGGCGGCGGCGUCAACACCAAAUCUUAACCUGAGGUUAAGUUUUUGAAAUGACAGCAUAACUUAGAAAGUAUAUGGACCUAGUUCAUGAAACUUGGCCAUAAGGUUAAUCAAGUAUUACUGAACAUCCUGCCUGAGUUUCAUGUCACAUGACCAAGGUCAAAGGUCAUUUAGGGUCAAUGAACUUAGACCAUGUUGGGGAAAUCAACAUCAAAAUCUUAACCUAAGGUUAAGUUUUUGAAAUGUCAUCAUAACUUAGAAAAUAUAUGGACCUAGUUCAUGAAACUUAUACAUAAGGUUAAUCAAGUAUCACUAAACAUCCUGCAUGAGUUUCACGUCACAUGACCAAGGUCAAAGGUCAUUUAGGGUCAAUGAACUUUGGCCGAAUUGGGGGUAUCUGUUGAAUUACCAUCAUAACUUUGAAAGUUUAUGGAUCUGAUUCAUGAAACUUGGACAUAAUAGUAAUCAAGUAUUACUGAACAUCCUGUGCAAGUUUCAGGUCACAUGAUCAAGGUCAAAGGUCAUUUAGGGUCAAUGAACUUUGGUCAAAUUGGGGUAUUUGUAGAAUUACAGCCAUAAAUUUGAAAGUGUGUUGGUCUAGUUCAUAAAACUUGGACAUAAGAGUAAUCAAGUAUCACUGAACAUCCUGUGCGAGUUUCAGGUCACAUGAUCAAGGUCAAAGGUCAUGUAAGGUCAAAGAACUUUGGCCACGUUGGGGGUAUUUGUUGAAUUGCCAUCAUAUCUCUAUAAGUGUAUUGGUCUAGUUCAUAAAACGUGGAAAUACGAGUAACCAAGUAUCACUGAACAUCUUGUGCGAGUUAUAGUAGUUUUCAAAAUCAGCACUGCUGCUAUAUUGAAUCGCGUGAUGCAGGUGAGACGGCCAGAGGCAUUCCACUUGUUCUUAUUUUUAUUCAGCCAAUGCAAUGUGCAAUGAGAAAGGAACUCGGGUCAGAUGUUUUACAUCAUUUUAAAUAUCUUACGUGUACCUUGAUAAUAUAUAUGUUAGAGAUGAAUAUGCCAAAACAUUGCUUUGUUGGGAGAUGCAAGCCCCUUGUUUUCUUAACAUGCAAUCUUGGGGUCUUAAAUUGUAGACUACACUCCAACAACAAACGAUGGCUAAAACAUUACUUGCAAACUGCUGAUUAAAUUAAAAACGAAUUUGACUUUGUAAACCAAAUUUUGGCAGAAUCAUAUGUUAAACAACUUUUUUGAGCUCGUGUACAAGAGCAUGAAGAGGGGAAUUACUCUAUGCAAGCCUCCUUCUUCUCCUACUGUGACUCCUCAUGUUUUGCAAGCACAAACCCCAUUAUCCAAAUAUUCUAUAAUGAUCUGAAUUUUGUAGACACUUUGGCUGAAUGGAAUUAUAUACUCUAGUCUAGAUUCACAAUGUCACAGCAAGUUGGAACUUUCUAGACUUGUCACGUUUAAAGGGAUGGUCCGGGCUGAAAAUAUUGAUAUUCAAAUAAAUAGAGUAAAAUUCACAGAGCAAAAUGCUGAAAAUUUCAUCAAAACGGAUAACAAAUAACAAAGUUAUUGAAUUUUAAAGUUUAUCAAUAUUUUGUGAAAACAGUUAUAUGCACAUUGUCAUGAAUAUUUAUUAGGUGGGCUGAUGAUGUCACAUCCCCACUUUCCUUUUUCUUAUGUUAUUGCAUAAAAUCAUUAAUGUUUCAUUAUUUCAUAAAUGUGUGUAAAUGCUGUGUCUCCAAUAAUGAUGAAAUAGGUUGUGGCAAUAAAUAACUAAUGCACUUAAUCAGUUGUCAAUCCAUUUGUAUUAGUUCUUGGUAGAAAAAAUUUGAAUAAACGUAAUGUCAUAUAAUAAAAUACAAAAGAACAAGUGGGGAUAUGAAAUCAUCAGCCCACCUAAUAAAUAUUCAUAAAGACAUGCCUAGAACUGUUUCAUGGGAAUAAUGCAAAUCUUUAAAAUUCAGUAACUUUAUUUGUUAUCCGAUUUUUAUCAAAUUUUCAGCAUUCUGCUUUGUGAAUUUUACUCUAUUUGAUGAGAUAUUUAUAUUUACUCUAUGAUAUUAUAUUUACUCUAUUUAUUUAGAUAUAAAUAUUUUCAGCACUGACCAUCCCUUUAAGGGUCUGAAUGUGCAGCCUACUCAUGACUUGUGUACUAAAGGCCCUCUAACUGCAAGUUUUGUAUGUGCUGGUCUUUGCGUGGAGACACACUUGUUGAUCAAAGUUUAAAUCAGGGUCUGUUCACUGAUCUUUACCAUGGACCAGCUCCAUGGAACCAUAGUAGUAGGUCCAUGCCUCUACAGAUCUAGUCUUUAAGCCCAGACUCAAAUUCGCAAUUUAGAAAAUAGCAUCACGUAGGCCUACGUCUAGAGUGGAAACUAGACUCCAAACCCUCUACCUGUCAAAUAAGACUAGAGCAGCCACAGUACACGUGGGAAUCUAGUCUUCAAGUUCACACUCUAUAUUAUGCACUAUGUGCUUAGAAACAUUGUAUUAAACGCAAUAUAAAUGUUGCAUAUUAUUUGUAUUUCAUAAUAUUGAAAUAUUAUUUCAAAUAUGAAAAUAUUUCCAUUUUCCUCCACCAGUGUUGAACUUUGUAUGAUUCUUCAUGGAGCAUAUUAAGUCGUCAUUAUUUUAUUGGGAAUCAUUGCAAGUAUUCAUGUGAGUCUAACUUGUAGAACUGAGGUAUGAUUUAUAUUUCAUGUUGUGAAUUCUAUAAAGCAUUCUACAUCUUUAAUGUUUAUGUUGUGUGGCGUUACAUGUAUACAGUUUAUUUACAGACUUGUAAUUUUUGGUGAGUUAUAUAGGUAUUUAUAUUUUAAAGUCACUGAAAUAUUGUCUUUUAUCGCCAGUGUUAAUAAAUUUUCUUUUAAAUAUUAAA